AUGGUGGACGUAUGGAUGACAGGAAUCGUCAGGCACGUUGCAGUUCUGCACCAGAGCCAGGGCAGGGUGGGGGUGUUCAUCAAGUCUGAGCUGAAGGUGGGCGUGAUCUACGUGAAGGAGGGUCAGUACACCGAGGAGGAGAUCCUCGACAACAACGACAACAGCCCCAUGUUCGAGGAGUUCCUGCAGAUCCUGGGGGACAAGGUGCGCCUCAAAGGUUUCGACAAGUACAAGGGCGGUCUGGAUACGGUGCACGACCUGACCGGCCUGUACUCGGUCUACACAAACUGGAGGAGCAUCGAGAUCAUGUUCCACGUGUCCACGCUGCUGCCCUACGAGAAGCACGACCCCCAGAAGCUGCAGCGCAAGCGGCACAUCGGCAACGACAUCGUGUGCGUGGUGUUCCUUGAGGCGGACAACACCAGCUUCAGCCCGGCGUGCAUCAAGUCGCACUUCCUGCACACCUUCAUCCUGGUGCGCACCAGCCCGCGCAUCAAGCGCAAGCCCACCAGAUACGAGGUUUCGGUGGUGACCCGUGACGAGGUUGGUGCCUACAAGCCAUACCUGUGGGAGCAGUCCGUCUUCGACAAGGGACCCAUGUUCCGGGAGUGGCUGCUCACCAAGAUCGUGAACGGCGAGCGCGCUUCCUACUCGGCGCCCAAGUUCGCGCGCAUGCAAGAGCGCACACGGUCGCAGAUGCUCGAGGACAUCGUUGCCAACCUGGCCAACCACGCAGAGACUGGUCAAAUACCCAAGCCCUACAGGCGCGGCUCGUGGCGGCCCAUCGGCCACAUGCGGCCGUCCAGCCCCCUACUGGACUCGGUGCGCGACCAGUUCGAGGACUACGACCAGCUGGCCAAGGACUUCACGCGCGCCUUCCUCAACAAUGAGGAGAACAUCGCUAUCAAUGCCAGCCUCUUCGACGUCGUCUUCCUCGUAGGCCAGAGCAAGAGCAAGACGCGCUUCAUCGGUGUCCGGGCCAUCCUGGGCGUGCGCAGUCGGUAA